CAAUCAGUUGUGGUCAUAGUCCGAAUGGCAAAAGAAGCGCCGUGACGCGCCGCAUAAAAUUAAACAAAGAGAAAGUGUGUAAAAGUAGUUAACGAAAAAUCGACUAGUUUUUAGUACUGACUACACAAAGAAAAACAAGAAUUUAUAUAACAAGUGGUCAAAUCCAUUAUCUCGGCGGGCGAUUAGAGGUCUAUUGGCUGCCUAUCGAAGAUUAGUGUGAUAAGAUUUUGUGGAAUUGAAGCAAAGCAAAAUGCCCCCGCGUUUUAUUAUCUGAUUGCAAAAUUUUAGUCUUAAGAAAUUUCAAUUAGAACUCCAUUCAAAGUUGACUACGAAAGACUUUGAAAACAGUUAUUGUCAAACCCUUGCGGUGGUCGGUUGUAGGAAAAGUGUUUCGUUCCCUCCAAAAAGGAAAAGUCUAAAGAAAAACUAAACAGUUACAAAUUAUGGCGGAAAUUGCUGAAAUUGGCAUUGAUUCGAAUCAGGUGGCGACGGAGGUCCAGCCCAAGAACAUACUCAAUGAUAAGAAAAUAUUCCCCGACUUCAAAUCCGGACCACUGACGGCCUAUCGUGAGAAGAGUUCGUUCUGUCACAAACGCAUGAAUGUCCUGCUGGAGGGUGAGGAUCACAUUCGUCUCAAGCAUCGCAUUUGGCAGUUUAUGGAAAAACAGGAAGAUUUCCAACGUGAACCCGAAACUCCCUCCCUGGAGCGCCAACGUCAGUUGGCCAACAAACGUCAACAUUUGUUGUAUCAUCAGAAUUUCUAUGGUCUGGCUGAGUACAUUUCCAAUCCUCACCUCUCGUUGGCCGCUGCCCAGGCCAUGUUCAGCUAUGAAUUCAGUUUUUCGGUGAAAUAUUCCCUUUCGAUUGGUAUGUUCCCCAGUACGAUAUUGUCGUUGGGUACCGAACGUUUGGGUUCGUAUGCCAGUAAGAUUCAAAAUGGUGAAAUUGUUGGUGCUUUUGCAUUGACGGAAAUUUCGCAUGGUACCAAUGCCCGUGGUAUGCGUACGCGGGCUACCUAUGACAAGAAGACAAAGGAGUUCAUCAUUCAUACGCCCGAUUUUGAGGCAGCCAAGUGUUGGGUUGGCAAUUUGGGUAAGACGUGUACGCAUGCCAUUGUCUACGCGCAGUUGUAUGUGCCCGAUGACACGUAUGUGGGUUUGUGUGCCUUCCUGGUGCCCAUACGUGAUGAGAGGACUUUGAUGGCCUUCCCCGGCGUGACUGUGGGAGAUUUGGGUGAAAAGAUCGGUCUCAAUGGCAUUGAUAAUGGCUUUGUCAUGUUCAACAAUUAUCGCAUUCCCAAGGAUAAUCUGUUGUCCAAGACUGGAGAUAUUGAUGAACAGGGCAACUACAGCAGUCCCAUUAAGGAUAGCCGCAAACGUUUGGGUGCCUCUUUGGGCGCUUUGUCAGCUGGCCGUGUAAAUAUUUGCAAUUUGGCCAAUGUGGCCCUGGGCAAGGCCAUUACCAUUGCCACCAGAUAUUCGGCUGCCCGCAAGCAGUUCGGUCCCGAUGAGACCUCUGAGGAGUGGCCUGUCCUGGAAUAUCAAUCACAGCAAUAUCGUCUCUUCCCCCACCUGGCCACCGCCUAUGCCCUGAACGUUUUCAGCCUGUGGUUGGGCCAUCAAAAUGUCGACAUGACAAUGCGUUCGUUUAUGGGCGAAGAUACCUCAGCGGUGGGCAUGGAAAUCCAUGCUGCCUCCUCGGCCUGUAAACCCAUCUGCACAUGGUCGGCCCGUGAUGGUAUUCAGGAGUGCCGUGAAGCCUGUGGUGGUCAUGGUUACUUGAAGGCCUCCGGUUUGGGUGACUUGCGUAACGACAACGAUGCCAACUGCACAUAUGAGGGUGAAAAUAAUACCCUAAUACAACAGGCCUCCAAUUGGCUGGUCGGCUUGAAGCGGUCCAAUGCCAAUUUUGCUGAAGUCUCACCCAUGAACACUGUGAGCUUCCUCAAGGAUAUGGCACAGAUAUUGAAGCACAAGGCAGAGGAGAAGAAUGCCAAGGAGGUGGCUUGUCCGCACAAUCUCCUCAAGGCUUUGAAUUGGUUGGUGGCCUAUCAAUUGGAACAUACGGUAAAACGUGUGGAGACCUUGAAAUCUCAAGGUCUGGAUGCCUUUGAGACCCGUAACAAUAUGCAGGUGUUCAAUGCCCAAACCCUGUCCAUUGUCUAUGCCCAACGCACCAUCUAUGCUGUUUUCUAUAACUUCGUAAUGAAUUUACCCGACAGCAAUGAAAAGCAGGUUCUUUUGAAAUUGCUCUCCAUGUAUGGCUGUCAUAUGGUUACCAAAAAUGCCAGUAUUUUCUAUCAAGGUGGUUAUUUCCGUCAGAAUGGACAAUUGGAAUUGUAUCAGGAGGCAAUUUUGAAUUUGUUGCCAUUGAUCAAGGAUGAAGCCAUUACCCUGGUGGAUGCCAUUGCCCCACCAGAUUUUAUUUUGAAUUCUCCCUUGGGUAUGAGUGAUGGCAAUGUCUACAAACAUUUGCAAAGGGCAAUUGUCUCCACACCUGGUGUCUUUGAACGCCCUGAAUGGUGGCGUGAAGUUACCUACAAAAAUUAUAUCAAGAAAGCCAAGAUGUAAGGCUUGACAGGCUGUGAGAAAUUAGAAAAAAAAAUAUUUUUUUAAAAGAAUUAGAAAAAAUACUGUUUUUGUUGUAAUAUAAAUAAAUAUAAUUUUUGUUAUUUUUUUAUACCUUAAAAA